AUGAAAGGGCCAGGAUCCCUGGAAACGGCAUUGGUACGUGAGCACAACCAUCUGUCCCUCUUGUGUGGGGAUGAAGCGCGUGUUACGAGGGCGGGACACGAAUGUGAGGACACAAUCUCAAAUGGAACUACGUCGACACCUACAUUAUCAGCACUUCCACCACGUCCAGGCUGGGCAGUGCGUACAUCAACAGGCCUCAUAUCGUCACCAGCAACUCCACCACCAACACUGUCAUCUUCAUCAGUUUCAUCACUGUUCACAUCUUCAUCAUCAUCAUCAACGGCAUCACUGCAUGGUGUCCAAAGAUCAGAAUGGGCUGAUUGCUCGAGCGUGUUGCCAUCAUCAUCGUCACCGUCAUCCAUUCGUUCGACAACUUCUGGUGUCAGACAACAAAUAUCAGCGUCAACGUCUGGUAAAAUCAACGAACAACCACCCCUGGUAUCAAGUGUCAGCGGAGCAAAUUUGUCAACACUUACAGUACCAGUCCACACAAUCCAUCACACAGCUCAAUCCACUGGGUGCUUACCUGAACGUUUAGAAGUUAAAGAAGUUCAAAUGUCAGGUCAAAAUGGGCUGUUGGCACGGCCAUCAUCAUCAUCCGGUUCAAGUAGUGGUAGUCCUAAUAUUAAUCCAUCUUCAUUUAAUAAUUUACCGACACGUGUACAUGGGCAUGAUCACACGCGUCCAUUACCACCACCACGAUUGCCGGAAACAAUAUCGACAAUAGCACCAUUAACUGCACCUUUAACUCCUUUAUCUACAUCAAGUAGUUUUCGUACGAAUUCGCGGUUGCAAUCAAUAAAUACUGCUGGAACGACAACUAAUUCAAGUGAUAGCAAUACGCAACAUCUUCGCAAUGAUCGUACUCUUGGAGAAGUUACGUUGACAGUACCGAGACCUGAUGUUGAACGGAUUGUCAAUGAGUGUAAAUGUGAAUCAUGUCGCGAACCACCACCAUUACCCAGUCGGUGGCUAUGUAAUAAUUCAUGUUUUUGUUCAGCAGAAACAGCUUUAGACUAUGCAUCAUGUUUAUGUUGUGUUAAAGGACUAUUCUAUCAUUGUGGUGAUGCUAAUGGUAGUGGUGAUUCAGAAGUUGGUGGUAGUUGUGCUGACGAGCCGUGUUCGUGCUCUGGAUCACGUAAAACAGCACGAUGGACAUGUCUAGCUGCAUUAACUAUGGUCUUACCAUGUCUAUUGUGUUAUUGGCCAUUGAAAGGAUGCGUAACAAUAUGUGAAGCUUGUUAUGCACGGCAUGCUGCACAAGGAUGUAAGUGUGAUCCUAUGGCAGUUGGUCGUUCAUUCGGUGGCCCGCCGGGUACGUUAAUAGUAUCAAGAGAUUCACGCGAUCCUGAGAAACGACUACUCGAUCCAGUUACACCAGAUUUAUAG